AUGUCUGCAGAUCAAGCGCAACCCAGCACAGAUCCCGCCAGUGCCCGUCCCUCUGUGGACAGCAGCGUGGUGCAGGGAUUCUUGGAGGGGCUGCAGGAGCUGAAGAGCAGUGGAGUUCUGUGCGACGUAAUCCUCAAAGGAGCUGAAGAUUCAUCAACUGGGAUUCCCUGCCAUCGUGUGGUGCUCAUUGCGCACAGCGGCUACUUUCGCAGCAUGUUUUCAACUGAUUGGAAAGAAUCUUCCCAAGUGGAGAUCCCGUUGCAGAAUAUCUCCUUUAACGUACUGAGCAAUUGUCUGCAGGUGUACUGUCUGGCGCAGACGCACAACAAUCCGCAUCUGGCCGACAAGGCCAAAGCCUUGGCAUGUCAGAACUUUGUCCGAAUUGCAAGCAGCAUCGAGUUCCUGCAGCUGGACGGACAACAGGUCAUUGAGCUGACAGCAUCAGAUGACUUGAGCGUUGAACACGAGGAUGAAGUGUUUGAGGCUGUGAAGCGCUGGUCCGAUUAUGAGCAGGACGGUCGGAAGGCGCAGUUAUCCGACGUUUUGCAGCAUAUCCUUUUUUAG